GCGGGCAGCAAGCAGUCUCUGCCACAGGAGGACCCGGACGUGGUGGUCGUGGACUUCAACAAGCACAGCAGCGACUCGGUGGCCCUGGAAGACGUCCGCGCCGCCACCCCGGCCGACAACUGCAGCGGCUCCCGGCCCGAGGACCAGCAGGCACUGAUCGGCAGCGUGGAGUCCAAGGUGUUGGUGGAGGAUGAUGGGGGUAGAGAUCCGGCGGUGGAGUCUUCGCCACGCAUGGACAUGGACCACCUUCACCUCGACAUGUCCUUCUCCAACUGCAGCCUGACACGGAGCCGCUCCCGCGAGAGCUUCUACAGCAUCCGCAGGGCCUCCUCCGUGGAUGACAUUGAGGCCAUGAAGAUGGAUCUGGACAGGAAGUUCCGCAAACGCAACUCCAGCACAGGUGCCAUGAACAACGUCCGGGUGAAUCUUUUAAACUCCACCUCAGAUUCGGAUCUCAUGAAGUACAGAACAAUCAGUAAGAUCCCGCAGAUCACCCUGAACUUUGUGGACUUUAAGGGAGACUCCUUCCUCACCUCACCGUCCAAUGAGAAGGAGAUCAUUGCUCCCACCAAGCUAAAGGACCGAACCCACAAUGUCACGGAGAAGGUCACCCAGGUUCAGCUUGAUAAUAAGAAGACCAGCUUAUGA